AUGCCAAUAAGCAAUAUCAACUCAAAUCCAAACUCCAAUAACAUCAACGAAAACCCCAUGAUGAUCCAUCCUUCCUUCGAUACAACUUAUCAGCUGCAUCGUGGAUUCAGUACUAGCUCUGAACAGUUAUCAGCAGUUAAUCCCAGCAACGCAUCGCCAACACAUGCAAAUGGUUCGACAAUACCUCGCCACCACUCGGACCACAGUGGUUCACCACUAAACCUCUCAUCGGUACUGAACACAUUAUCCAUUAACACUGGAAAUCAACCACAAACCCCAUCCAUUGGUAGUUAUCUAUUGAUAUUGCGCAAUAUUCCUACCGACAUAAACUUGAGGGAGGCUUAUGCCCUUUUCUCAUUGGCUCAUGGUGUACUAUCCAUUGAUGUGAUACCUCAUGAAGAUAACCAACCGUACGUGGUGGCAAAAUUUGAAUCUCAGCAUUUGGCAUGCCAAUAUGCCUCUAUUCUUAAUAUCAAAUCCCAAAUAUUCGGUCCAGCAUAUCCAUUCAAGGUGGCGGUGGAGGUCAUCGACGAAUUAACUAAUCAACAGCUGUUUUUCCAGACAAACUCACCUCAGUUGCAGCCACAACUGAACACAAACUCAUUUCAAAUACCAUCAUCCGGAAGCGUAUCCUCAAACGUUGCUCCAACGUUGACAUCGCCUCCCCAAUCAUCAAGUCGGAAAAGGCCCAGUCUGCUAGGACAACGGUCUAGAUUCUCAUUUUCUGAUCCCUUCAGCGCAGAAAAUCCACAUAUUCCACCUGCACAAACGUCUGCUCAAACUCCACUGCAAAACAUCGAUGCUGGUAAAUCAUUCUUGUUAAUGGAAGGAGAUGGCAUUAAUGACACAAUUUGGGGAUCAAACCCUUCACUCUCUACUGUGAACAACAUGGUAAAUACCACGUACAAUCAACAACAACAAAAUGCAGUUGUAGAUUGGUCUGCAUCCAAGAAUGGUGCUGCUAGAAAGCAAAGCAGUUCCGUUUUCUCUGGCCCUCAACAGGCCAAUUCAAGUGCGACAAAUUUACCGCCAAACUCUGAUCCAUCUUCACAGGUCGGUGUCGCCCAACAGAUGAACGGUAGGUCCUCAGCUUCUGUGUCUUCUAAACCUGUAACACCAACUUCAUCAACGUCGCAUACUCCUCAUAAAUCUGGCAGCAGAACCAACAUUAGUAAUUCUUCAUCUGCAACUAAUGUUAACGCUAACAACUCUACUCAGUCACAACCUAUCACCAGAAGUGUGGCAAGUGUUUUACAGAAUACUCCUGGAAUUUCUCAGGUGGACUUAUCGUUGUUAGCAAGAGUUCCUCCUCCAGCCAAUCCAGCCGAUCAAAAUCCACCUUGCAAUACACUUUAUGUGGGUAACCUACCUCCAGAUGCCACCGAACAAGAACUACGACAACUAUUUGGAGGUCAAAAAGGAUUCAAGAGGUUAUCAUUCAGAAACAAGAACAACAAUAACAGUGGGCAUGGUCCUAUGUGCUUUGUUGAGUUUGAAGACGUCGCACAUGCUACAAGAGCUCUAGCCGAAUUAUAUGGUAGUCAAUUACCAAGACCAGUUGGCGCACACAACACCAAAGGUGGAAUUAGAUUGAGUUUCUCUAAAAACCCACUUGGUGUUCGUGGUCCAAACAGCAGAAGGAGUGGAAGCAGUGGUUCUGGCCAACCAACUAGCAACUCAAAUAAUGCUCAAAAUGGUAAAACUAUCAGCGGCAAUCCAAGUUCAAGCAACAAUAAUAAUGGAAGCACUGGUAGUAACAAUAGUAGCAUUGCCACUCUUGCAAAUGGAGUCACUAAUGAUCUAAAGUCAUCUACUACCAAUUACUCCUACGAAAAUGCAUUCUCCAAAUGA